UCAGACACUUGUACUGCAUGUGCUGGCACAAUUAUCCUAGAAUUUGCCACAUUGAGUCGUCUCACAGGCAACCCUGUCUACGAAAAUAGAGCCGCCCAAGCUAUGGCCGUCAUUUGGCGCCAGAGGAACCGAUUCUCCGAUCUAGUUGGUACAGUGAUCAACGUACACAAUGGGGAUUGGGUCAGAAGAGCUUCCGCGUGA